UAAUUUUCUAGGGAAUUUUAUCAAAUAAAUAUGUAUAAAACUUAACAAAAAAUAAAUAUGUAUAAUAACUUAACAAAAUUUUUAACAUUAAAUGAACUGCAUAUGCAUAUUUAAAUACAACAUUAAUGUAUAAAAUUAUUAAAGAAAAUUCAAUAUAAAUAUAUUAUCUUUUUUCUAAAUGUAUCAUAAUUGAAAAAAUAUAUUUUAUUCUUUUUUGAAUAUAAUAUUAAAUUAUAUGAUUUAGAAGGUUGGUAGAAUUUAAAAUCAAUAGAAAUACUAUAUAACAUAUAGUAAUUAAAAGUGUAAUUUCCCCAAUUUUGAGGAAAAAAUGAUAAUUAGUGAUAUUGAUACUGAUAUAGUGAUAUAUAAAGUAUAAAGAAACUUAAGACGUAAAAACAGAAAUAGUUUUAAGUCUCUUAAGUUUCUUAAAAGUUCGAUUGAAACUUAUAAUAGAAGUUAACGAUUAUAUUUGGGAAAUAUUAUAAAAUAAUAUAUUUGAAUAUUGAUAAAAAAACUCAACGAUAUUUUUGCUGCAAACAAAUAAAGCAUAUAAAAAUGGGACGAAAAGGAAAGAAAAAACAAAAUGUGCAAAAUCACCCACACUCAUCUAUUUCACCACAACAAAAUAGUCCAGACCAACAACAAAAUCCAAGUGGCUCACAUCAACAAUAUGUUUCACAACAACAAGGACAUAGUCAACAGCAGCAAUCGGACAUUUCACAGAAACAUACAUGUCCAAAACAACAAUCAGAUAGUCCUCAACAACAAGGAUGGACAUAUGAUCAACAACAAGAACAUAGUUCACCGCAACAAUCAUAUAGUCAAAGGCAACAGUCGAAUAGUCCUCAACAACAAACAUGGAGACCCACUCAGCAACAACAUAGUUCACCACAACAACUACAUAGUCAGAGGCAACAAUCAAAUAGUCCUCAGCAACAAACAUGGAGACCUAAUCAGCAACAACAUAGUUCACCGCAAUCAUAUAGUCAAAGGCAACAGUCGAAUAGUCCUCAACAACAAACAUGGAGACCCACUCAGCAACAACAUAGUUCACCACAACAACUAUAUAAUCAAAGGCAACAGUCAAAUAGUCCUCAGCAACAAACAUGGAGACCUAAUCAGCAACAACAUAGUUCACCGCAACAAUCAAGGCAACAGUCGAUUAGUCCUCAGCAACAAGCAUGGAGAUAUAAUCAGCAACAACAACAUAGUUCACCGCAACAAUUACAUAGUCAAAGGCAACAGUCGAAUAGUCCUCAACAACAAACAUGGAGACCCACUCAGCAACAACAUAGUUCACCACAACAACUACAUAGUCAAAGGCAACAGUCAAAUAGUCCUCAGCAACAAACAUGGAGACCUAAUCAGCAACAACAUAGUUCACCACAACAACCAAGGCAACAGUCGAUUAGUCCUCAGCAACAAGCAUGGAGAUCUAAUCAGCAACAACAACAUAGUUCACCGCAACAAUUACAUAGUCAAAGGCAACAAUCGAAUAGUCCUCAGCAACAAGUAUGGAGAUCUAAUCAACAACAACAAUAUAGUUCACCACAACAAUCAUAUCAAAAGCAACAGCUCAAUAUCUCACAUCAACAAAUAAUGUCAGAUAGUUAUCAAGAACAACAACAACUAAGUGAUUCACAACAGCAAGAAUUACAUAAUCUACAACAAUCAUCUUUUUCACAGCUAUCUCAUUCAAAACAGUCACAGGAAACUGCUGUUGUUUUAAAAAAAAUUGAUUCAUUGACACAAAAUAUGCAUGAUAUGUAUUUGGAUCAAAUACCAAAACGAACUAAUCAAAUAAAUAAACUAGGUAGAAAUAUUAUGGUGGAAACAAAUAUGCUUAAACUCAUUUUUGCACAAAAUUUUCAAACAAAUAUUAUACAUUAUGAUGUAAUCAUAACACCAGAUAAACCAAAAUUUUUAUUAAGAACUGUUUUUGAAGAAUUUAGAAAAAAGCAAUGUCCUAAAAGAUAUCCUGCAUUUGAUGGCAAAAAAAAUGCGUAUAGUGCAAAAAUUCUUCCUUUUGGUGAUAAAAGUAAAGAAGAAGAAAUAAACAUUUUCGAUGUUAAUACAGGAAAAGAAAGAAAUUUCAAAAUAUAUUUAAAUAAAGUUGCAUGUCUUGAUUUGUCAUGGUUAACAAAUUUAAAAUGUAAUUUGAUCGAUUCUGAAAGGAAUCAAAAAUGUAUACAAGCAUUAGAUAUUAUUUUACGUCAUGGACCUGCAUACCAAUAUACAGUGGUUGGUAGAUCACUUUUUCAACCACCAGAACCAGGAAGGAUUGUAUCAUUAUCAAAUGGAUUGGAUUUAUGGGUUGGUGUAUUUCAAUCUGUUGUAAUUGGAGCUAAACCAUAUUUGAAUAUAGAUGUUGCACAUAAAGGAUUUCCUAAAAGUCAAUCAGUUAUUGAUUUGAUGAAAGAACUAUGUAAUGUACAGGAUUUAACUCCAAAAAAUAUAGAACAUAAUCUUGUUAAUAUAAAUAAAUUUUUAAAGGGAUUAAAAAUUCAAUAUGAAUUACCUGGACAACCUACUACUAAAAGAAUUUAUCGUGUAAAUAAAUUAGUUGAGUCUGCAAGAGAAAAUAAAUUUCGUUUGGAAGAUCAAACUUUAUAUUCAGUUGAAAAAUAUUUUUUGCAAAUAAAAAAAUAUACAAUAAAAUAUCCCAAUUUGCCAUGUCUUUGGGUAGGAUCUCGGAAAAAUUCCAUUUAUUUACCUGCUGAAUUAUGCACAAUAAUUGCUGGACAAGUCAUAAACAAAGAUAUGAAUAAAAUUCAAACUUCUAAGAUGAUUCGUGAAACAGCAACUAAUACACAAAAACGUAAAGAAAAAAUUAUGAAUGGUUUUGCUAAGAUGAAUUUAAAUCAGCAGCCAACUUUAAUGAAUGAAUUUCAUUUUUCUGUAAAUGCAGAAUUUGAAAAAGUACCAGCAAGAGUUCUAAAGGCUCCAAAAUUACAGUAUAAAGAAAAAGAAGUUACUGUAUCUAAGGGAACAUGGAAAGCAGAUAAAUUUUUUAGUCCUUGUGUUUUACCAAAGAAUUCAUGGACUAUUUUAAACUUAGAUAAAUUCGUGCAUACUCAUGAUUUAUAUAAUUUACAUGAUAAACUAUUGCAUGGUGGUAAAUUCUUAAACAUGGAAAUUGAAGAAGCACAAACUCCAUUUACAAAUUUAACUAUUCAAACAAAUAUUAAUAAUAUUAUCGAAUAUUUUAAAGGUAAAAAGAAACAAAAUAUACUACUUGUAGUAGUGAUACUUCCAAAUUUAGAGAAUGCAUAUAGUAUUGUAAAGCAAAUUUCUGAACUUCAAAUAGAUGAAGGUAUCGUAACUCAAUGUAUAAAAAAUCAAACUUUAAAAAAAUUAAGUGACUCAACAAUUGGGAAUAUUCUGUUAAAAAUUAAUUCAAAGCUUAAUGGUAUUAAUCAUAUUAUUACUCCUACUAAUCGUCCAAAUUGUUUACAUAAGCCAUGUAUGAUAAUUGGUGCAGACGUGACUCAUCCAUCACCUGAUGCUGUAAACAUACCCUCAAUUGCAGCUGUAGCAGCAAGUCAUGAUCCAAAUGCUUUUAAAUAUAAUGUUGAAAUAAGACUUCAAUCACCAAGAGAAGAAAUAAUUCAAGAUUUGGAAGAAAUUAUGAUCAUUCAGUUGAAAUACUUUUAUACAACAACGAGGCAAAAACCUCAGAAAAUAAUUUUUUAUCGAGACGGAGUAAGCGAAGGAGAACUUACAAAAAUAAUGCAUAAAGAAUUAUCUGCAAUAAAAAAAGCUAUUGCGCGCUUAGAAAAAUCUGAUGAAUUAAAAAUCCCAAUCACAUUUCUUGUAGUUCAAAAACGACAUCAUGUACGCUUUUUUCCAACUGAUGUAAAGAAUUCUGAUGAUAAAAAUUUUAAUGUACAGGCAGGGACUAUUGUUGAUACUGAAAUUACACAUCCAACUCAUAUAUAUUUUUAUCUUGUAUCUCAUACUAGUAUACAAGGUACUGCUAGGCCUACAAAAUAUAGAUGUAUAUGCAAUGAAAAUCAAAUGCCUGAAAAUGAAAUUGAAGAACUUACAUAUUAUCUUUGUCAUAUGUUUGCACGUUGUACAAGAUCUGUCAGUUAUCCUGCACCUACAUAUUAUGCUCAUUUAGCUGCUUUUAGAGCAAGAGCAUUAAUACACAAUAUUCCGUUGAAUAUAGAUAAUCUGCAAGAGGAGCAGCGGAAAAAAAUGACUUUAAGAAUAAAUAAAAGUUCACCUAUGUUUUUUGUAUAAAAUAAAUAUAUUAUUUUAAUAUCUAAUUAGUAUCUAAUAUAUUUUUAAAUUUUUUGAUCGCUAUUUUAUAACAAUAAUAUAUAAUAUUUUUUUUCAAACAUAACAAAAUAUUUUUAUAAUGAAUAUUAUUUUAUAAUGUUUAAUUACAAUAAUUGUUGUUACUAAUACAAUAUUUAUAAUAAUUGUUGUUACUAAUGUUAAUGAUAUAUUUUAUUUUAAAUAAAUUAUUUUAUUAUACUUUACAA